GACAGAUGCUCGGGUGCGCAAUUUUCUUCUCAAUAAAAACGCCAUCAGCAAGUGUGACGGUGUUAAUGAUUCCGUUAAGGGAUUUUUGAUGUGAUGGUGUCGACGUCUUGUCCCGAAAUUGACGAUGGUAAUGUUAGAAACGGUACUAAUAGUACCAGCGAUAGUAUGACCGGGAUGCAACGUGCCGUAAAAGGUAGGAAAGUAUCACCCAAAACCGACCGUUUAUCCGUCCAGCUGCUAAACUCUUGACCGCGGUGAGCCCCACGGAGAAUGUAACGCUACAGAAAAAACGGAGCAAGCGUUUUCUUCUAUUUUACGUUGUUAAGAUGAAGAAAUCUUACAACGCUACCAGCGAUGUCCACCAAAAGGAGGGGCAAGAACAUGCCAAAAAAUUGUAUAGAUACAUAAGGGAACAUGUUAAGAAUUUGGAUGAUGCUCGAAGUUGUGCAAGAAACGUUUCGGACCUUUUCAAACCAAGCGUUCAAGUACAACGAAGUAAAUUUAAAGAUUAUUGCGAACGAUUAAUAUUUACAAACCCAUUAUUAACGGGUCGAAAAGGUGAAGAGCUAUUAUGGCGAAAAGGUUUUUAUGAAGUAGUAGUUGCCGCGAAGCAAUUAAAGAAAUCUGAAUACACAUCGGAAGAAAAAUCGAGUUUAGAGAGCCACAUAAACGCCGGAAUUGGCCAUUAUCACCAUUAUAUUCUACGAUUACGCAAAGAAUUCGAUUUGGAUUUAAAUGGGGUUGUCGAUUUUGUUGGAAAUGUAGAAUAUGGGCGAUUAAAAAGAACGGAGGUGAUUGAAAAAGAGAUAAUUGAGUGGGCUAAUUUAUCUGUACACCGAUCUUUAGUGUAUUUAGGCGAUUUAUCGCGAUACAAAUUAGAUUUAUACCCAAAUUGGGAUCAGAAUUUAGUGAUUCGGUAUUAUUCUCAAGCCCUUUUAUUUAAACCUGAAUUUGGAAUGCCUCAUAAUCAAAUGGGAACUUUGGCGAAUAAUGGAAAUAAUUUAUUAGAUGCGAGUUAUCAUUAUUUGAGAUCAAUGUGUUGUCGGAACGCUUUUGAAGGGACAGAAAAUAAUUUGAUUAGGUUAUUUGAGAAAAACGCGACGAUUUUGAGCCAAUUUCCCAUUGAGAAUCCCGAAAGCGAUGUUAUUAUUCAAUUAGAACCCUCUGAUUACAUCAAAAGAUUCAUUUGUAGGUUUUUAAAUUUAGUUGAGGUGUGGUGGUUUGAAAAAAAGGUAAAUCGUAUUUACGAUUUAUGCCACCAAGCCAAUGUCGAUCUCCAAGAAUGUAUGAAUUAUUUAAAACCACUCACUGCAGAAAGUGUCGAUACAAACGACACAAUCGAUUCAGACUCAAACCCACCGAAUUAUUUAAGUCACAACGUCAUUUUUAAAAUCGUUUCAAUUUGUUUAAUUUGUAUUUAUAAAUUGCAAUCGUCAAAUUCGUCCAUGACGUCGAGCGUUGUAGCUUUUAGUUUGGCAGUUUACUCCCAAUUAGUUUCAACUGUAAUUAAUCAUAUUCAAGAAGGGAUUUUAAACUUUCCUUUACCCCCGCCGGAAAAUAAUUUAAAAGAUUUAAAAAAAUGGUUAAAUAAAAAUUCGAGGAAAAAAAAAUCGGUUAAAAGAACGAGACGGAGGCGAAAAUUAAUUAAUUCCGAUUCUGAGGAUGAUGAUGAUGAAGAAGAAUUGAGCGAUGAUAAUAAUGAUGAUGACAACGAAAGUUUAAAUUCGAAUCAAUCAGAGGAAGAAGAUGAUUCUGAUGAAUCAUUCGAUGAAGACGAAAUUAAUCAAGAAAUUAAAGAAAAAAUCGUCGAUGAUAAAUCGGAUAAAAGCUCAAACGACGGAAUAAAAAACACCCAAGAAGAUAUAUUAAAAAAAUCAAAACUUUUGGAAUUAAACGAUUUAUUAUCGAUAAUCGGAGACGAACCUUUAUUACAAUCGAUUAUAAUAUUUAACGAUUAUUUAAAAACCGACGUUGAAAUAUUAAAAUCAUGCGGGAAAUUAACCCGAUCCCUCCUACAUCAAAUCGUUAACUUAAUCAAUUUAAUAAACAUCGAUUUUAACAAUAACAAAGACUUAAAUUACACAUUUUUAAAAGAAAAUGUUAAAAAAUUGGCUUUGCCCGAAGAUGUUAUGUUAAAAGGGAUCGAGAUUUUAAGCGAAAAUCAACGGGAAAUCGAUUGGAAAUUGAGUCAAAAAGUCGAAUUGGGCGAUAAAGAACUAAACGUUUUAAGAAUUAUUAAAACGGUUAGUUUCGGACAGUAUUUAACGACCGUUCAUGAAACCGGUGUUGUUUACGAUAAAGAAAUUAAAUUGUUUGUUGCUAAACAAGAUGAGAUCUUUUCGAAUGGAACUGAUGAAAUUAUACAACGUGAAAUAGAUGUGGAAAAUUUCGACCCAAUUAAAAAAUCAAUCGGUGAAAAUAAAUUAGACCCAAAAAGUCAACUCCUAAAAAUGAAACAUAUGGGACAACUCUGGUUAACAGCUGAAGUAAAAGAUUUAGAGACUCGAGUUAAAGGAAAACCAUCGCUUUCACCUUAUUUAGUAAUAGACGCCGAUUCAUUAAUAUUACACACUCAAAUGGUGAAGCAGCUAGUUUAUUCAAGAAAAUUCAUCGUUUUAGUCCCAUCAGCAGUUGUUUCAGCUUUGGAUGAUUUAAAAUCGGAAAAACAAGAAGCUCGCGAUGCGAUUCGUUGGUUAGAAUCGCAAUUUCAUCAAGGGAAUCGUUUUUUCCGAUGUCAAAGACCGCAAGAGCGAGCUCCAAUUCCUUAUAUUGUCUAUCCGAAAAAACGCGACAAGGAAACGCAAAUUUUUAUUCAAAUUAUUGAAUGUUGUCAUUAUUUGGCUCAACAACAAAAAGGUGCCAGUAAUUUAGUAACACUUUUGGUGGGAAAUUCAAACGUUAACGAGACGGCUAAUAACAAAGUUGAGAAUAAACUGAGUUAUGUUGGUUUGGCGAAAACGGCCGGGGUAAAUUUGGAGGGAAUUGUUGAGUUUUAUGGGAGAUGGAAGAGGAGUGUUAAAGGAAAGAGAUGAAAAAGAAUUAUUUGGCAUAAAAAUGGGUUAAAUGGUGAUGAUAUAUUGAGAUAAAAGAAGUUUUUCUCGAUAUAUGGAAGUUUUGAAGUGAGUUGGUGAAGAUAACCUCCAAAGAAAAACGCUUUCUUUGAUUACUUUGAAAACAAAAAAAGAGACUAUUCUUUCUUAAGACUAUGACUAUUCUGUACUCUUUAAACUCAUCCUUAUUUUUUAGCAUCUGUCGUACGUUUUUAUUGUUCUUUACUUUUUUUUAUUUUUUUAAUCAUCCAUAAUUUUCCAUUUAUUUUGGUUUCAUUUACAAUUAAUUUCAUCUUAGUUUUGGGUUUUUAAUUUUUUUUUAGUGUGUACUAUUAUAAAAUUAAUUAACGUUAACUUAAUUCUCUCUGUUAUUAGGAUUUCUCUUUGUAAAAUAAAAUUAUUAAAAGUUUAAUGUCUUAAAGAAA